AUGUCUGGUGGGCAGCAACGUCACGCAGUUAGUAUUCCUGUGAAUCGUGAGCAACGGUCAUUUGAGAGGCAGAGACGUGACCUGUUAACUGGCCUGGAACACGGUGGUGGUACUCAUCGUGGCAACCUAAUCGCACCGUACACGGAAGACUGGCCGAGUACUGUGGACAGCUGGAUCAACUCCUCGUGGAGGAGAUGGGAUGAAGACAUGCGACGUUUGAGACGUGGAAUGUUCGCACUAUUACCGGUGGACAAUUUCACCCACGGGAUUUUGGAAAAUCCAUUCGCUUUAAUGCACCAAAUGGAUCGUCAUAUCCAGGAUAUCCGAGAGAGAAUGGGUUCAAUGGAUGUGCCGUCGACCGGUUCAGUGAGUGACUUUUUAAAGGACGCCUACGAAAUAGGUGAGGAUGGCAAGGUACAUUUCAAGGUACGAUUCGAUGCACAAGGUUUCGCUCCCCAGGACAUCAAUGUGACGUCGAGUGAGAACCGUGUGACGGUACACGCGAAGAAGGAGACGACGACCGAUGGUGGGAAGUGUAGUCGGGAGUUCUGUCGUAUGGUGCAGCUGCCGAAGAGUAUUGAUGAUAGUCAACUGAAAUGUCGCAUGACCGAUGAUGGUGUUUUGAUGUUGGAGGCUCCAGUGAAGGUUGAUCAGAAUCAGUCGUUGACACUGAACGAGUCUGGUCAGGUUGGUGUUCGACCGAAAUCGGACAAUCAGAUUAAGGCAGUUCCUGCGUCGCAAGCACUUGUUGCGAAAGGUGUUCAUGGUCUGUCGUAUGUGGAUGAUGGUUCAGGUGGCAAGCGAUUGCAUGUUGAGGUUCCAGUGGACCCAGUGUACAAGCCUGAAGACUUGUGUGUGAAUGUUGAUUCGAAUCGUGUUGUGGUUAGUGGACGUCAUCAUAAGCAGAAGAGUGGUCAAUAUGGAAAGUCGAGUUCAUUUGCAGAGUUCAGUCAGUCGUAUGCGAUUCCAGAGACAGUUGAUCCGCUAUCUGUUUCUGCUCAGGUAGUUGGUAAUACAUUGGUAUUGGAGGCACCGUUGGAGAAGCAGCAUGCAAUUACUCACUAGAAGAGAAUAUGUUUUACUAAACUAUUCGUUGCUUAAUGUUAAAAUAUUGAUGUGAUUUUUCUGAAUAAAUAUUUCUAAAUUGCAUUCG